UUUUAAUCCCAACUCUAUAAAACUUCACGAACUAUCUAGAACGCUAGAAAUCUCCACAGUGUUUCCAAAGUGGACAAAAUAGUUCCAUGCGACGAAUGUCAAAGCAGAAGCAAGGUCUUUCCAUCACCAGAUAUCUCUUACAACCUUGCCUUCACCACCGCCUCCCCUUGGCCCAGUAUCCAAAUCGAGCCCACCUCCACUUGCUCAAACCUCCCAUCUCCCAAAGCACCAAUCAGUGACGUCGAAGAUUAGUUGCCUUCAGCUUCAUUCUCGCCCUGUCCCCUCUUCACUUAUGGGACUCUUAUGGACCCUCAGGUCCUGCAGACUCUCCCCUGCCUAAGCGAGCCUCCAUCUCUCUUACGUGGUACCGUCUCUGACUUCAUGCUCAAGUUGCGGGGUAUCUGUCCCGCACUAGUUCCAUCUGCUGUCUCUCCACUUCCUAUUUCAGGCACGAUAGUUAGUAUUGGAACAGAUAAUAGCAAUGGGGGAUGUCAAAAGAUUAUGAGACAGCUUCAUAUACUUGGUGCAAACGUGAUAUCAAGCUUGAAAGUGGAGAGGCAUUGGAGGGAAGAAUUUUCGUUUGGAGAGGUGACCCAAUGAGUAAGAGCUAGAGGAUGGGACUUUUGACUUCGAGAGAUGGAAGAAUUAUUUCAAGGAUUCUGUUGUCCGGGAAGAACCUCGCGCUUGGGAUUUGCAUGACUGCAAGUAAGCGUGGUCUGUUAUUCUGGGGGUACAAAGACAUUACAAUCAAAAGCAUUAUUCACAUUUCCACAAACAAAGAAUUGUAUGAAUCUAAGCAGUUCAUGUUUUAGACAAGAAAGGUAGUCAUAUGUACGCAUAACUCGCCACCAAGCGCUG